AUGCAACAAGUUCACCAAUCUCCCAAUCUCUCCAACCCUUUUGAAAAUCUUACUGAAGAAAUCAUAUUUAACGUUCUUGAUUUCCUCGAUGAGGACCCACAAGCCAAGAAAUCGCUCUCUCUUGUUAACAAAUCAUUCUACUCUAUUGAAUCCAUUCACAGAAGAUCUCUAAGACCUCUACGAACUAAUCUCAUUCCAAGUACUCUCCGAAGAUAUCCUCAUCUAUCUCACCUUGACUUCACAUGUUGUCCUCGUGUCGACGAUGAUACUCUUUUUGCUAUAGCUGAUGUAUAUAAGACUAGUUUGAGGGCCAUUGACCUUUCGAGGUCUAGGUUCUUUAGUAACGUUGGGUUGUCGAGUUUGGCUGGGAAAUGUACAGGUUUGGUGGAGAUGGAUUUGUCCAAUGCAACAGAGCUAACAGACUUGGCUGCUGCAGCUAUUGCCGAAGCUAAGAACUUGGAGAAGCUAUCAUUGGCUAGGUGCAAGUUGAUUUCAGAUAUCGGGAUUGGCUGUAUUGCUGUUGGUUGCAAAAAAUUGAAGUCGGUUUGCUUGAAAUGGUGCUUAAGAGUUAGUGAUUUCGGUGUUGGCUUGAUUGCUAUGAAGUGCAGAGAUAUUCGCUCUCUGGAUCUCUCUUACUUGCCUAUAACAGAAAAGUGCCUUCCACCCAUCCUGCAGCUUCAACAACUCAAGGAAUUGGUUCUUGUGGGAUGUUCUGGUAUUGACGAUGAGGGUCUUGUCACCCUGAAUCAAGGAUACAAACCACUAGAGAUGCUUAAUAUAUCAAUCAUUCAAAAUGUCAGCCACAUUGGUCUAUAUUCUCUAACAAAUGGCAUGAAACACCUAAGCCAUCUCAGUCUAGCAUAUGGUUUUGAUGUUACAGUAGAUCUAGCAAAAUGCCUGCGCAAUUUUCCGGGCCUGCAGUGCAUUAAAUUAGAUGGCUGCCAAGUCUCAUGUGCUGGGAUGAAAGCUAUUGCAGAUUGUUGUGUAUCCUUAAAGGAGAUAAGCUUAUGCAAGUGCAUAGGAGUGACAGAUGAGGGUCUCUCCUCCAUUAUGGAGAAGCACAAUGGAUUGAAAAACUUGGACAUAACUUGUUGUAGAAAAAUAACUCAUGCCUCUUUAGACAUUAUAACAAGUUCAUGUAACUCCCUUAUUUCCCUCAAAAUGGAAUCUUGUAGCUUGAUUCCUGAAGAUGCUUUUGAAUUGAUUGGGCAACGUUGCUCUUUGCUGGAGGAGCUGGAUAUUACUGAUAAUGAAGUCGAUGAUGAAGGGUUGAAAGCAAUCUCAAGAUGUUCCAAACUUUUGAGCUUAAAAAUGGGAAUAUGCAGGAAAAUCACUGAUAGUGGACUUUCUCAUGUUGGAAUUUACUGUCCAAGACUGACACAACUUGAUUUGUACAGGUGCACAGCAGUUACCGAUGUAGGCAUUAUGGCAGUUGCAAAUGGUUGCCUUGGUUUGGAGAUGAUUAACAUGGCUUACUGUGAGAAAGUUACUGACAGUUCAUUGCGAUGUUUAUCAAAAUGUUUAAGAUUGACAGCACUUGAAAUUCGAGGAUGUACUCGUCUAUCUUCAGGAGGAUUAUCAGCCAUUGCUGAAGGAUGUAGGAAACUGACCCUUCUUGACAUUAAGAAAUGCUGUAACAUUGAUGAUGCUGGAAUGCUUGCUCUUGCACAAUGUUCCCAAAGUCUCCAGCAGAUUAAUAUAUCAUAUUGUUCAGUUACGGAUAUUGGGCUAAUGGCACUGGCCAGCAUUAACCACUUGCACAGCAUGACUAUCUUGCAUGUAACUGGACUGACUGCCAGUGGGCUUGGUGCCGCUCUGUUAGCUUGUCAGGGACUGAGAAAAGUGAAGCUUCACUCAACCUUUAAAGCAUCAAUGCCUCAGGCUCUCCUGAAUCACGUAGAAGCUCGUGGCUGCAUCUUUCACUGGAGAAAUAAAGCAUUUCAGGUGGAUAUAGAUCCGAAGGGAUGGCAGCUAUGAUUAUAAGUGAAGAAUUCAACAUUUUGCAUCGUGAAAGUUGUUGCCUUGUUGCCGCUGAUAAGAUUGCAGCUGAAUCAAGGAGUCAAAACAAGAACAUUUUAUUCUGGUGAUGUGUUCAUUUACCUGAAUGUGCCGUGCCAGUGAUUGAUUGGUCAUAGAGCUUGUUUGCUGUCCAGGUUCCAAAAUGGGGAAAACAUAAGAGAAUGUUCUGCAUCAGACUUGCAUCAUUUGAGUUGCUGCGAUGGGUCCAGUUCCAGAAAGAUGAUUUCAUACUACUAUCUAUAUUCUUGUUGCUGCUGAUUCAGAUUUGAGUCUUGAGCAAUUUAACGCGGUGUCGAGACUGAGUAACUUCUUGAUUUGAAAAUAGAACGUCCCUAUAGGAUUUGCCUAUAAUUCUAAUCUGACCUUAUUCAAUCUGCUCAAACAUUUGACCA